CACACUGGAAAGCUGGAAAAAGAAAAGAAAAUUGUCAAAAAGGCUUCGACUUGGACUCAAUUUUCGUAACAAGUGAUCAACGAAGCUGGUGGAUGUCAAAGACGUAGAUAAAUAAUCUAAAUUACCUAACGCAGCCAUAGUAAGUAACGAUAAGCACGCGGGCAUAAGCCGCCCCCUUUUGUCGAUAAGUGAACGCGAAUGCGAAACAUUCGUGUGCGCAAAAAAGUGAACAAGAAAAUUGGAAAAUCAGAAGGCUUCGCUUUGAUACGGAAAUAAAGUGAGAGACAGACCAAGGAAACGAUGAGCUUCCUGCCGGGCGAGCCGGUACCGCCCGGUUUCGAGGAGGACGUGUCCCGCACGGCGGUCAUUCAAAAGCAGAUCGAGAGCUACACAGCCGGACCACUGAUCGGCACCGAAUACACCAUCGAGCUGCACGAGCCGGCCCAACUGCGUCCGAAUUACUUCUGUGUGCUCUGCCAAACGUGCUCGGAUGGACGCAACGUCUUUGUGCACUGGACAUCGCAGGCGCACCGCACCAAGUACCUGCAAACCCAUUUCCAGAAGGCCUACAAGGAGCUGCAAAAGCUAAAGCGCACGCCCAACAGCUCUGGGGAUCUGGUGACUGCCACUGGGAAUUUGGUCAAGUGCAUUGAGAAGCAUUUCGGCAGGUCACGCAAUCUAAUAACUGCAACUGGUGAUGAUUUUCGCCGUUAUCGCUCCAAAAUGUGCAGUCAGGUGCGGGAUAGCUUUCAUUUCGAUGAGUGUGCCGGAUCAGAUUUUUCCGAAGAAGCUCAGCGCGUGAUCCGCGAACUCAAACCGGAUGAGUCCAUCAAGAGCAGCAUGAAGAAGAACGUCGACGGAACCGGGGAUAGCAACAAGCAGCAUGAUGAUGGAAAUAUAAUUGCCUUGGAUGCCAUAUCCAGUGAUGAUGAGAGCUUUGGCGGUUCAACAGCUUCGGUUGUCCCGGUGCCAAAGGGGCGACAGAAGAAUAAUCUGUCGGAAGAUGCCGGCGGGCGUAGUAAAAAUCAAUCGCCACCACCUGCAGGUGGCGUGAACAAAACGCAGCAUUUGCCCACGCCCAAGGAGCUGGCCAUUCAGGCAUCUAAAAUUUCCCAGGAGCGCUACAAGUGGGAGAAGUUCCGUUGCAUGCUGGAAAUACAGCUCAAGCAGCUGCGCAGUGAUACAGAGAUGUACGAAUCAAAUCCCGAGAAACAUCCCGAUUAUCCGGAUGAGUGGAAACAGUUCUGGAAUCGACGCUACAAGCAGCUGCAGGAGGAGAAGAAAUGCGAUCCGAAUCAAUACGACUAUAAGCCGGAGUGGAUUAGCUACUGGAAAGAUCGUCGCAUCGUACUGUUCGACAUUGCGGUGAAUAAAAUAAAGAAAGAUCUCAAAGAGAAGUUCAAGCUGGGCGACGAGGACGAAGAGAAGACCUUGGAGCUAAUGGAGCGCUACAAGAUCCGUGUGGCCAGUCCGCGUAGAGCGCCUGCCACCACCAAUUCCGACAAUUGUCGCAAAACGAAGCCGAAUUUUCGCAACAAUCGUCCGAUUGUUGCGACAAGCAAACUACCCGACGCCGUCAUCGAUAUCAGCGAUGAUGAUGUUGAUAGUCCUCCAUCUCGUAGUCGUCACUCCCACAAACGCCGCUCCAUCUCUCGUUCGUUGUCCCCCAAGCGCGGCGGACGUCGUGCCGUGCGUCGCUCACGCAGUCGUUCGCCGCGUCGCAGCUAUAAUCGAGGAUCUACGCGCUCGCGUUCGCGCAGCAUGCGACACCGGUCUCGCUCGCCGGCCCACUAUCGUGGCCGCGGUCGUGGUCGUGAACCAGCAUCCAAAGAGCGCGGCUCGUCGUCCAGGGAUUUCGGUGGUCGUCACAGUUUGCAGCGUGAGCGCGAACGCUCUUCCGAGUACUAUCACCGCAACGAGGGCUAUGCUCGAUCAUCGCGCGGCUAUGAGUCUGUGGAGACGUUCCGCGUGCUGGAUUCCCGCGUAUAUCCCGAGUACAAAGUGACCAAGACGAGCUCGAUUUCGCCCACCGCUUCGUCCAACAAGGAGAAGGAGAAGGAGGCAUCGGAGCCCAUUGAGGAGGGACCACUGACUGUCGUUAGUGUCUUGCGCAUGCUGUCCGCCGUCGAGGAGCAUCUGGGCAGCCUGGGACCCAAGGCGCUCAAUUUGCUUAGCAAGGCACUGGCCAUGGAGUUGGUAAAGCCAAAUGCAGCUGAAGAUUUGCUGCGAAACGAAGACAACUGUGUGUUCCUCGAGACCACAAAGGAGAAGCUUAAGGGCAUUCUCAUUGCCGAGGUACUGGACGAUCCGCAAAAGGUGCGCGUGAUCAAGAAACUAAUCACGAACAUAGCCGAAAUCAUCUAUCAGGCGACCUUCAAAGGUACCAACGAUGCCGUCGAUGUCAAGGUUAAGGCAAAUGCCAAUCCGGCGCCCAUACAGCUGCCCUUCGAUCGCAAUUUGGUGGCGCCCAAAUUGGCCAAUGCUUUGGUACUCAACGGCUACAAUAAUGUGUCCACCGGCGAUAUGAACAACUUGCUACACAUGCUAACGCUGCUGAUGAAGACGGACAAACAGCGGCGCCAGCUGGACAACAACAACGGCCUGAAAUUCGAGGAGAUAAAGGUAAAGCUCGGACUGCAAAAUAAUCCGUCGCCCGAUGACAUGGGCAUCGAUCUGGACGAGCUGAUGAAGGAGGUGGAGCAUCAGCUGCACAAGGAGUCCGUCGAUAUUGUGAAUAAACCUACGGGAGCACCGGCCAAGGUACAAGCCGCCGAUACAGUCGGUGGCAGCACUGGCUUGGAAUCGCUAACAGAUUCAGAUCUCCAGACCCUACUCCAGAACUUUAAGUUUUUGUCGAACGAGGAGCAGGUUCAUCUCAUUGGCCAUCUGCGCAAGUUGGAGGUACAGGAUCCGUCGCGCGUCGAUCGUCUGCGCAAGUAUGUGAAUCUGGUGGAGCUCCGAGGCGAUGGCGAGUCCUGCAGUGAUUUCCUGGCGCGCGUGGUGAAAAUUGGUGGGGCUAGCAAGGCGAAACCGGCUACCAAGUUCAAGGCUUCGGUUAUGGGUGGUAGAACCUCCUCCGCCAUGGCCGCCAGCUCCGCCAGUGCCACGGCUCCGAAAGUGGGUCACUCCAUGCUGAGCGCUCAGCGCCCCAAUUUGGAUCGUGAUAUGUCCAGUAUGCCCAUCAAUAAGCAGAGACGCGGCCGGAACACGCCCAGUAUCAUGCUCGAUGACGAUGACGAGGAAGAUGAUGAUUACAACUUUGAUGAUUUGGUGAUGAAGGCCUGCGAUUCGAAUGGAAGUGCUAGUGCUGGUGGUGGUGGUGGUGUCGUUGGUGCUGGUGUACACAAUAAGCCAGGAGUGCCGCCCAUUAUAGGCGUUGAAUCAUCGCCAAAUGCGCUCACUUUCAAGCCAGCAGCAGCGACCAAGAUUUCGCUAAAAGACACCGAGAACAUCAUAGCCAAUCUAAUGGGCACUUUAAGCAAGAAUGGCACUUCUGGAGGUUCACCCGUGGGUGGCAAUCGCAACUAUAUGAUGAACCAGCAGCAUGGAGCGCCAAAUGCGCAGAAUGCACCGAAUUUGGGUCAGAAUCCAGGCCAAAAUCUUGGCCAAAAGCAGCCCGGAGCGGGCUAUUCCAAUGCGGGCUAUCCAGGGCAACAGCAGCAGCAGCAGCAGCAGCAGCAGCAUGGCCGCAACUUUGGCCAGGAGGCACAGCCACUGAUGAGCGGCUUGAGCGGCGGACCGAAUGCCAAUCACUAUCCAAAUCAGCAGGGCUACGGCGGCUAUCAUCCGUUUGCGGGCAAUGGCGUGCAGCAGAACUACGGCGGCAUGGUGCCACCAGGUCCAGGUGGCUACGUGGGUCCGCCCCCUAAUCCGUGGGCCAGCAAUGUGCCGCCACAGCCGCCCUUCAACCAGAUGCCCCAGAACUUUAUGGGUGCCCAGCAGCAGCAGCAGCAGCAGCAGCCGCACUUUAACAACAUGUUCGGUGGACGUCACUAGAGUGUCGUAGACUUAGAUAUCCAUACUAUUAACGUUAUGCAAUUUAAACGUAAUGUAGAAACGAGAAUAACGCCCUUUGAAGUGCCCGUGUAUCUGCUAGCUGGCAAGUGAUUUUUAUUAUUUUUUUUUUUACCAUACAUGUGUGCUGCUGCCAAAAAAAAGAAAAGAAAAUAAUCACUACCUUCAUUUGUUUAUAAAACACCGAACAACAAUAGAAUUCAGAAAACAUAAAUCUGAAGAGCACGUGAAUAAACAUACACAAUAAUUCCGG